CAUACCAGCUAAGAUUAGCAUGCGAACUAAAUAGAUCCAUAGUAGUGAUAGAGCUCAGGGUGAAUGAAGGUAUAACUAAACUAAACACCAAAGAAAUAACAGAUAGAUCUACAGUGGUGACAGCUCAAGGUAGUAAUGAAAACGAAAAAUCUACGAAGAGAGAAAAGGGUAAAAAAUCUAACAAAGGAAA